UUUAUCAGAAAGAGCUCUCUGCAAAUUUUAAUUUUCUUCCACUUUCUUCUUCUUUCUCGGAAGCCAAACAGAGGAAAUUGCCGAGGAUUGGUUAACAGAAGAUAAAUCGGAUAGGUGAAAUUGAGGAUCCGGAGCUGCGCGAGAGAGAGAGGAAUCCGGGGAGUUCUCAGAUACAUUUGAAGACCGACGGAGUAAUUGAUCUUAGCCGGUCCCGAUAAUUGAUUUUGUUCCGUUGAAAAUUCACGAAAGCUGAAGUUCUAGAGACUCUGUUUUUGUUUGACAGAUACAUUUUCCGGAGAUUGGAGCUGUUCGGAGAAGGAAUUUGAACGGACCUCUUCUCUUCCGACGAGUGGGAGAUCGAUUUCCGGCAUAUGAGAAGAUAGGAAUCUGAAAUAAGAGCGGGAAGAUAGGCAUGAAUGUCAUCAUUUUGUUGAAAAACUGAUUUCCUUUGCACAAACCCCAGGACUAAAAGUAGCGAGCUCGCGAGCAAUUCAACCGUGUGGUGCUUGGAACGUAGUCUGGCGAUCGAGUUUCUCCAUUUCUGGCUUUCGAUAGAGAAUCGCAGAUUUCUUCCACAGAAUUGAAGUUUUCAGGUUUAAGGAAAAAGGAUGAUUGAAAAAGACUCUUUGAGGAGCAUUACUAAUAAUAAUAACACCAGUAGCAGGGAGAGAAACGGGGGUGAUGGCGGAUUGUUAAGAUCGAGCUCAGAUCCGGCUAAACAGACGUCGUCUUGCGAUUUCGGAUUGCACUGGGGAAACCGGAAGCGCCUGAGGUGCAUGAAGAUCCAGGUCAAAGACGACGGGUCCGGUUCAGCCCACCGGACCACAGUUCGCGUAGAUCGUCGGGUUGUGAGGGCCGACAAGGAAUCGUCAAACCAGCCAACCACUACCGCAACGACUACUAACAACAAUACUAAUCACAGUAACGGGUACUUUAAUCUCCGUCAACGACCCACUUCGCCUCAGCCACCGCCUCCUCAGCGUAUUCUCAGGAACUCUGAGAAUUCGGGUGCCAUGAGAGGGCAAAGCAACGGUGGAGUGAGGGGAUUUGCUUCUCCGGACAGGGGUGCGCACGAUAAGAGAGGCAACCACAACCACCAUAGCAAUAAUGAUAACAAUAACAAAUCAGGAGGGUCGUCUGAGACAGCUCACGAUAGCAAAAAAGGAGGGUCGUCAUCAGGGAGCGGCGAGGCUGCAGCGGCUGCGGCCGCGGCCGCAGCAGCACCACCACCAGUGUGGCCACCAAAAUUCGUGAUUGCUCUUACCAAUAAAGAGAAAGAAGAAGAUUUCAUGGCGAUUAAAGGGUCUAAGCUGCCACAGAGACCCAAGAAACGGGCAAAGUUUAUUCAACGCACCCUCAAUUUGGUAAGUCCGGGUGCAUGGCUUUGCGAUCUGACACUAGAGCGGUAUGAGGUCAGGGAAAAGAAGAUCUCAAAGAAGAGGCCGAGAGGUUUGAAGGCAAUGGGUAAUAUGGAGUCAGAUUCUGAGUAAAAAGAAUGCUCCUGUACGUAAGAGGAUGUGCGAUGUGUUACAAAUGAUCAAUUUAAUUGGUCAGUGAGAACAGUGAGAGGGAUUAAAUUCAGCCAUAUAUCUAUUUCCCUUUUAACUGGCUUAUGUUAUUUGGGUAAUUUUGUUUUCAUUACCUACCUAUCAGCGAGUGAAAACCAGAAGAGAAGACUUCCAAGAAUGUGGCCUAAUGUGCAACCUUUCCUCAUAAAACACAUGCUUUCAUGUCUUCAAUCCCAAUCAGACCUCUUAAUAAAAAGGAUAACAUAAAUGGGAAUGUAGGGUUAAGAAGUUGGCAAAAUGAUAAAUCCACUCUAGUUACGAGUCCAGGGGAAAAUGGUUAUUAAGCCUGUCUCACGCCAUGCCAUGCCAUGCCAUGCCAUAUCCCAUAAGUUUACUUGCCCUGGAUGCAAGCCCCUUUUUUCAUGCAUAUACGGGCUGGACAUUUUGCUGCUUGGGUUGAGGUUCAGUUUCAGCUUGUGGAUUUUUAAGCUUUUGAUUUUGUUUUUUGUUCUUUGUACGGGAAAUGCUAGUGAUAUUUUCUCUAUCCCUCUUUCAUACUCUUUAUGAUUGAUUCAUGUGACUCAUGAUUUUUAUUUUUAUUUUUUGUAAUUGGUGAUAAGAAAUUAAAGUCAAGGUG